AUGGGUUCCAAAAUACCAUUCGGUGAUGCGAAUUCUGGAUUGCAGACGGGGGUCAAUAAUGGCACAAUAAAUGCUCAGUUCAGUCUUAAUGGAGAUGCUGUAGACAAGCUGCUAGGUACACGUGUGGUGAUGCCUAUCGCCGAAAAAGACUCCAAAUCUCAGCUACGAUCGAUUCAAUCAUUCCUGGGAGUAUCCAGCCUCCCGGAUGAGCAUCACGAGAAGCUAGAAGGGUCCUGCCGAUGGAUCGAUGAACGAGAGGAUUUUAGAAACUGGAGAGAUGCACCCUACGGGUCCGACUUGGGUCAAGAGAUAAACCACAGCCCGUUAAUAUACUGGGUUAAUGCUGGUCCUGGGGCGGGUAAAACCGUCCUCGCGGCAUACGUCUCGUCACAGCUCAAAGAACUUGGUCUUCACCAUGCAGUCUAUCAUUUUCAUGUUGGAAAGAAGGCAUCUCAGUCAAUAGCUGGCUUUCUUCGGUCAAUAGCCUUUCAGAUGACUACCUCCAAUGCGGCUGUUCGAGACGCGAUGACGAAGCUCCAGAAUGAAGGUAUUUCAUACGAUCUGGACGACGGUCGUGCCGUUUGGUCAAAGAUCUUCAAAGGCGGCAUUUUACCGGUCCCAUUGCAUAACCCACAGUACUGGGUUAUCGACGCGGUAGAUGAAUGUCUUAAAUACACCGAGAUCUUCACCCUCCUGAGCGGAACCCACUGUCAGUUUCCACUUCGAAUUUUCAUCACUAGUCGAAAACUCCCGAAUAUGAAAAAGUUGGUUGGUCAACUGGAAGACUGCAUGGUGUCCAUUGUUGAGAUACCAUUGCCAGACACCAAGAGAGAUAUUGAGCUCUUCGUGCGCAAUCGGAUGGAAUAUCUUCCGAUUGAUACCAAUAUGGAAAAGCAGAAACUCAGAGAAGAAAUACUGUCUAAGGCAGAUGCUUCUUUUCUCUGGGUUCGACUUGUGAUGGACGAACUUGAGGGCGUUUAUGGGUAUGAGAGCAUCAUGUCCGUCCUCCAAGAGAUACCGGAAGGCAUGAAGUCGUAUUACCAAAGGACAGUCACUGACAUGGCGCAACACAAACGGGAAAAGCACAUUGCUAAGAGCAUCCUGCUAUGGGUGCUGUCAGCGGCUCGACCUCUGUCGAUAAGCGAGCUUUCGGAAGCACUAAAAUUGGAUAUCAAGAUCCAUCUUCCUAGUGCUAGGGCUGCCAUCGAGGGAUUAUGCGGACAACUUGUCUAUGUCGACAAACAUACAGACCUUGUCCAUGUAGUCCAUGCUACCGCAAGAGAAUUCCUAUUGUCUGGCGAUGCGGGGGAGUUCAAGAUCUCGAGCUCUGAGUCUCAUGAGCGAAUAGCGUUGACUUGCUUGCAACUACUCGUCAGCCCCGGAAUGCAACCUCCGAAACACAGAAGCUUAGUAGGACAGAAUCUCCAAAAACAACAGGCAUCAGCUCUUCUUGAUUAUGCCAUCACAGAGUUUUCCGAGCACGUCUAUGCAGCAUGCUCGGAAAGUGACGAGCUUCUUGUGGCAUUGAAAAGAUUUCUUAGCACAACAGUUCUGAGCUGGAUUGAGAGAAUUGUAUCAAAGAAAAUUUUGCAUCGCCUCAUUCGUGUUGCGAGAAACCUCCGAGGAUACUUCGACAGGAGAGCCAAGUACUGCUCGCCGCUGAAUCAAUACGUGAAACUCGUUAAUAGCUGGACUACCGACCUCAGCCGACUAGUCAUCAAAUUUGGCAGAGCGCUGACAUUGCAACCUCAGUCUAUCUACUUUCUGAUACCGCCGCUGUGUCCGACAGAAACAGCACUAUAUCAGCAAUUCGGUCAAACUCCGGAUGGUCUAAUAUGCUCAGGCUUCAACAACACGAGUUGGGAUGACUGUGCCGCCACUAUUAACUUUGAAAAUGAGAGCGCAGCCGUUAUGACAUGCGAUAAUGGCUUCAUUGCCGUCGGAUAUGAGUCUGGCAACAUUCACUUGUAUAACCAGGGUAGCUGUCAAAAAGAGCAAGCAAUCAGACACGACUCUCCAGUCGACCUCUUAAUGCUCGACCCUUUCGGAUCAUUUGUCGCCUCGACCAGCACAAAAUUUCUCACAGUCUGGGACCUCAAGGGAAAUCCUCUGUGGAAGAAGCGGCUGAGAAGUCGUUGCAUUCUUCUCACAUCUUCCCCGAAAUUCAUCAUGGGGGUAACAACAUCGGGGCGUGCUUUUAGGUGGGACAUAGCUACUGGAGAUCAGCUGGAGGAGCAUCAAUACCCAUACCAACCAUUCAACAGCAAUUUUGGGAUACGGUCGAACCUGAGCCAAGCGCCAUUCGCGGCCUCUGCCUCACCUGGGCUUGAACUUCUUGCACUUGCUUACCGGGCUGGCCCGAUAUGCAUCUAUCAAUUACGAACCGGUAGCUGGAUCGCUUGGGCGGUUGAAAACAAUUCUCGGAGAGUGGCCCAGCUUGUCUUCAAUCCCAAUCCGGAAAUCAACCUUCUCCUCGUGGCUUACGAUGACUCUCACCUAUCUCUCUAUGAUAUGUGGUCCGGCGUGCCUGUCCGAGCGCAGCCGUCCGUUACAAAUGCAGUCUUCACAUCACUAUCGUGUUCUCAAGACGGGCGGACAUUUGGAACCGUCGACGUUCUUGGAAACCUACAGAUUUGGGAUUUUGAGACACUCACAGCCCUGUACCACGUACUCACUCCAAAACAGUCAUUCCGGAUUCUUGGAUUCACAUCCGACAGCUUCAGCUUUGUCGAUGCCACUCAACAAGAGAUGAGGGUAUGGUCACCGCCAGCCCUAGUCAGAAGGACUGUCGAAGAGGAGGCCGGCGUGAGCGAUCAGGCUGCUGUGCUACCUGUUGCCCAGGGCCACUUUGAGAGCUUUCAGGUUUCCAAGAUAAGAUCAAUCGUCGCACAUGAGGUGUACUCAGCUGUAUUUGCGGGCAACCACAACGGAGAUGUGCUACUUUUCAACCGUGAUGACGGCCACGAGAUUGGCAUCUUAUACUCUCAUCAGAAUACUAUUGUCAAAUGCCUUGCAGUUACGAAGGAUAAUGUAAUUGCGUCUGGUGAUAUCAACGGCACAGUCCAAGCCUGGCACCUGGACGGUUCGCGGCCUACCAAAAUUAAGGCUGGUAAGCUCUUGUUCCAGGCCCAACUUAGUUCUGCAAUAUGUCAGUUGCUCUUCGAUCAGGCUGGAGAUCAUCUUCUUGUCUCAACCAGGGGCUCAGACUACGUAUACGAAGUUAUGACAGGGAAUCUGAUCGGUUCUCUCCCUUGUGGCACGGAAAGAGGCGUUUGGAAAUGGACUAUUCUACCAGACCCUAAAUGCGCCAAUCAGUUCACAUUGUUGUCGAACCGGAAGUUGGUGACUUACUCCGCCAACUCCUUCCCUACAGAAAUGGACGACAGCCAAAUUACGCUCAGCUACACAACUGCAGAUGGGUUUAUUGAGGUGGGAAUCGAUUCCAUGCUGGUCCACGAAGAGACAAGAACUCUGAUCUUGAGCAUCCGCCAACAGAGUGGAUAUGUGGCCACUUCUUCUGUCUUCAUAUUCAAACUGCCCCGGUUUCGCAACGGGACGCUCGCUGUCAGUAUCCAGCCUACGAGGACAUUGGCGGCCGACCUGUGCAUGCACUUCCUUGGGAUUAGCAGGGCGGAUCAAAGUCUCGUUUUCUUGCACCAAAGCUCUUGGGUAUCCUCCAUCAAUUUGCUCGCGCUUGCGACUCCACACUACACCCAGCACUUCUUCGUGCCGAGUGAGUUUAUUACCAACAGCAACGACGUCCUACCUAUACAGACGGUUAACGAUAACUUUGUCUUCUCUUUGCACAACAAGCUGGCGGUGGUGAAGAAUGGCCUAAAAUUUCAAGAGUUGAAAGCUGUUGACUGA